UUUGACUGGCGGAAUACGACAGUCACGUGACCAUUAACGUCAACGACGUAAUGGCAGCCUCCUGUUUUGCAAGUGAGCACAAGGAACAGUAGAGUUUAAACAACACUUUUGGUAACAAAGAAUCACAUCUAAGGAGACGCUGCCAUGUCCCCAAAGAUCACUGUGGAGUUGCUGAGGCAACUCCGCCAGGCAAUGAGGAACGGCAAGUACCUCAAAGAACCCAUCCAGGCCUACAUAGUACCAUCUGGAGAUGCGCACCAGAGUGAAUACAUUGCCCCCUGUGACUGCAGACGUGAAUUCAUCAGUGGUUUCAAUGGCUCUGCAGGCACCGCCAUCAUCACAGAGCAGCACGCCGCCAUGUGGACGGACGGACGCUACUUCCUGCAGGCCAGCCAGCAGAUGGACACCAACUGGACCCUCAUGAAGAUGGGUCUGAAGGAGACUCCAUCCCAAGAGGACUGGCUCAUCAGCAUCCUGCCAGAGAACUCCAGGGUCGGCGUCGACCCCUGGAUCAUCGCAGCUGAUCAGUGGAAGAACAUGUCCAAGGCCCUGGCCAGUGCCGGCCACGCCCUGGUGGCCGUGCAGGAGAAUCUCAUCGACGCCGUGUGGGAGGACAGGCCGAUGCGCCCCAGCACGCCACUCAUCGCUCUGGGCCUGAAGUACACCGGUUUGUCAUGGCAGGACAAAGUGACCGCUCUGAGGGCAAAGAUGGCGGAGAGGAAGAUCUCCUGGUUCAUCGUCACAGCGUUGGAUGAAAUAGCUUGGCUUUUUAACCUGCGAGGAUCAGACAUCGAGUACAACCCAGUCUUUUUCGCUUACGCUAUCGUCGGGCUAAACUCCAUCAGACUCUUUGUGGACCAGAAGCGACUGGCCAACCUGGUCAUCCGCGAGCACUUGCAGUUGGACUCCCCUGGGCGGCCGGAGCUCAGCAUCCAGACGGCGCCCUACGAGCUGGUCCACACCGAGCUGCAGGCCAUCUGCGCCGCACUCGGCCCCAAAGAGAAAGUGUGGAUCUGUGACAAGGCCAGCUGUGCCCUCACCCAGACCAUCCCCAAGAUGCACAGGUCCCCCAUCCCCUACACACCCCUCUGCCUCGCCAAAGCUGUCAAGAACGCCACGGAGAUUGAAGGGAUGAAAAUGGCUCACAUCAAGGAUGCUGUGGCCCUGUGUGAGCUCUUCGCCUGGCUGGAGAAAGAGAUUCCGAAAGGCAACGUGACCGAGAUCUCGGCGGCUGACAAGGCGGAAGAGUUCCGCAGCCAGCAGAAAGACUUUGUGGGCCUGAGUUUCCCAACCAUCUCCAGCGUGGGACCAAACGCCGCCAUCAUACAUUACAGACCUCUGCCUGAGACCAACAGAACGUUGUCCUUAAAUGAGAUCUACCUGAUCGACUCUGGAGCCCAGUACAUGGAUGGGACGACCGAUGUAACCCGCACAAUGCACUUUGGGACGCCCACAGAUUACGAAAAGGAGUGUUUCACUUACGUCCUGAAGGGCCAGAUUGCUGUCUGUGCUGCAGUUUUCCCCAACGGUACCAAAGGUCACCUGCUGGACUCGUUUGCGCGGGCGUCGCUGUGGGAGGCGGGUCUGGACUACCUGCACGGCACGGGCCACGGCGUGGGCUGCUUCCUCAACGUGCACGAGGGGCCCUGCGGCAUCAGCUACAAGACCUUCGCCGACGAGCCACUAGAGUCCGGCAUGAUCGUCAGUGAUGAGCCUGGCUACUAUGAGGACGGCUCAUUUGGUAUCCGCCUGGAGAAUUUAGUCCUGGUUGUGCCCGCCAAUCCCAAAUACAACUACAGGAACAGAGGCAGCCUGACGUUUGAGACCAUCACGCUGGUGCCCAUUCAGAUGAAGAUGAUCAACACAGAUCUGCUCACGCAGAAGGAGCGUGAUUGGGUGAACGAGUACCACAAACAGUGCCGCGCCAUCACCGGAGCGGAGCUGGAGAGGCAAGGCCGCAAGGAGGCACUCGAUUGGCUGAUGAGGGAGUCUCAGCCAAUCUAAACGCUGGAAAACACAACCAACACAAGUUGUCAUUGAGUGACUUUUAUUUGAGCCAAUCUACAGUGACUAUUUUUAUUGUCUCCUUUCUCUCUCCUUCCUGUUUGUUAUAUGUCCAUAAACCAGACAGUCUUUCUUUCUUUCUUUCUUUCUUUCUUUCUUUCUUUCUCUCUCUCUCUCUCUCUCUCUCUCUCUCUCUCUCUCUCUCUCUCUCUCUCUCUCUCUCUCUCCAGCCAGCACAUUUCAUACUGUCUGUCACUCUAAACUCUUUAUUAUAAAUCAAUUAAAAAAACCCUACAAACUGCA